CCGCGCAAAUUGAAAGGUCCGGCGGUCUGUGCUGCGAUGAGCGCUGCGCUGCUUGCCUGUUCCUCGACUUCCGUGCCACAGUCUCCCCUGUACCGGACCACAUCACAGGAACUCCUGGAACCGGCUUCUGGGCCGACCUGCCAGUCCCUGUGAGACUGGAUGGAGCGGUGACAUCACUACUACCUGUCCUGGGACCGUCUCUUGAGGAUGCUUUGUGCCUCCCUCCUCUCUCCUCAUUGUGCUGAAGAAGAAACACAUACUGGAGAAUAUUUACCCAACUUAGAAGAAACAUUUAACUUGCCACUAUGGGGAUCCAAGGAUUACUGCAGUUUAUCAAAGAAGCUUCUGAACCUGUCCACGUGAGGAAGUAUAAAGGUCAGGUAGUAGCUGUGGAUACAUACUGCUGGCUUCACAAAGGAGCUGUUGCUUGUGCUGAAAAACUAGCCAAAGGGGAGCCUACCGAUAAGUAUGUAGGAUUUUGUAUGAAAUUUGUAAAUAUGUUACUGUCUCAUGGGAUCAAGCCUAUCCUGGUAUUUGAUGGAUGUACUCUACCUUCUAAAAAGGAAGUGGAGAAGUCCAGAAGAGAGAGAAGACAAGCCAAUCUUCUUAAGGGAAAGCAGCUUCUUCGUGAGGGGAAGGUCUCAGAAGCCAGAGAAUGUUUUACCCGUUCUAUCAACAUCACACAUGCUAUGGCCCACAGCGUAAUUAAAGCUGCUCGGGCUCAGGGUGUAGACUGUUUGGUGGCUCCAUACGAGGCGGAUGCGCAGCUGGCUUACCUUAACAAGGCUGGUAUUGUACAGGCUAUCAUUACAGAGGACUCUGAUCUCCUGGCCUUCGGAUGUAAAAAGGUGAUUUUAAAAAUGGACCAGUUUGGAAAUGGACUAGAAGUUGAUCAGGCUCGGCUGGGAAAGUGCAAACAGCUCGGGGAUGUAUUUACAGAGGAGAAGUUCCGCUAUAUGUGCAUUCUAUCAGGCUGUGACUAUCUCUCCUCACUGCGUGGGAUUGGAUUAGCCAAGGCCUGCAAAGUACUGAGACUAGCCAACAAUCCAGAUAUUGUAAAGGUCAUCAAGAAAAUUGGACAUUAUCUCAAGAUGAAUAUAACAGUACCAGAAGAUUACAUUGAAGGAUUUAUUCGGGCCAACAACACCUUCCUCUAUCAGUUAGUCUUUGACCCCAUCAAUAGGAAACUCAUCCCUCUGAAUGCCUAUGAAGAUGAUAUUGAUCCUGCAACACUAAGCUAUGCUGGGCGGUAUAUUGAUGAUUCUGUAGCUCUUCAAAUAGCACUCGGAAAUAAAGAUAUAAAUACUUUGGAACAAAUUGAUGACUACAAUCCAGACACUGUCAUGCCUGCCCAAUCAAGAAGUCGUAGUUGGAAUGACAAAACAUGUCAAAAGUCAUCUAAUAUUAAUAGCAUUUGGCAUAGGAAUUAUUGCCCUAGACUUGAGCUGGAUAUUGUUUCAGAUGCUUCAAGAUUAAAGGAAAAUUCAAGUACUGUGGGCAUUAAACAAGUGAUCAGUACUAAAGGGUUAAAUCUUCCAAGGAAGUCAUCCAGUAUGAAAAGACCAAGAAGUGAAGAGCUGUCAGAAACUGAUUUGUUGGCUCAGUAUUCUACUUCAUUUACAAAGAAGACCAAGAAAAAUAGUUGUGAAGGUAAUAAAUCGUUGAACUCUUCUGAACUGUGUAUGCCUGACCCGGUAGAUGAAGCUGCUACUAAAAAAAGCCUAAGUACACCACCUACAGCAAGAAACAAAUUUGCAAAAUUUUUACAGAGAAAAAAUGAAGAAAGUGGUGCAGUUGUGGUUCCAGGGACCAGAAGCAGGUUUUUUUGCAAUUCUUUGGAUCCUGUUGACUGUGUAUCAAAGAAGGAAAGCAACCAGACUCUAGAUAAACCUGCUGUCACAGAUAAAGACACCAAUGUAAAUGAAUCAGAUUGCCCAAAUGACAAGAAGUUGGUUGAUACGUGUAUAGCAGAGAAUUCAAGCGAGCAGAUUCCAGAUGAUGUGACCGUGAUUGCUGAAGAGUCUCAGUCUUCGAAGACCAGCAGAUUCACAAGGACCCUCUCCCCACCCACUUCGGGGACACUAAGGAGUUGUUUUCGUUGGUCUGGAAGUCUUGGAGAUUUUUCAAGAACACCCAGCCCCUCUCCAGGCAUAGCAUUGCAGCAGUUCCGUAGAAAGAGUGAUUCUGCUGUCUCUCUGCCUGAGAAUAGUGAAGUGUCUGAUGCAUCGCAGUUGAAGAGUGAGGAGUCAGGCGAUGAAUCUCAUCCGUCGCAUGAAGAGGCUUGGUCUUCACAGUCUCAGGAGAUCGUGGAGUCAUCACCACACAAUUUAAAUGCCUCAAAACUUUCUCAGCCUUCUAGUAAGGAUUCCGAUUCAGAGGAAUCUGAUUGCAGUUUUAAGUCACUUGAUAAUCAAGGUAAUCAGAAAUCCAAGCUACACUUAUUUCAUUUUUCAAAAAAAGACACGCUUCUAAGGAACAAGGUUCCUGGGCUGUAUAAAUCUAGUUCUGUGGAGCAUCUUUCUACAACCAAGAUCAAACCUUUAGUACCUGCCAGAGUCAGUGGGCUAAGCAAGAAGCCAGCAAGCAUCCACAAGAGGAACCAUCACAAUGCUGAGAACAAGCCAGGAUUGCAGAUAAAAAUCAAUGAACUCUGGAAAAAUUUUGGAUUUAAAAAAGAUUCUGAGAAGCUUCCUUCUUGUAAGAAGCCAGAUCCCCUGUUUCCUGUCAAAGAUAACAUCCAGCUAACUCCAGAAGCAGAAGACGAUAUAUUUAACAAUUCCGAAUGCAAGCGUGUUCAGAGAGCAAUAUUCCAGUAAACACAGGCACCUGGGAAGACUCUUACCUGCAAGAGACUCCUAUCACUUGAAGUCCUAUUUGGGUGUGAGACAAUAUCAGUCUGAUGAUUUAUUCUUAGAUCCACACCGUUUUUAUUUUUUUUAUUUUUAUUUUUUUUUAAGCCACACCCACAGCAUAUAGAGGUUCCCAGGCUAAGGGUCAAAUUGGAGUUACAGUUGCUGGCCUACAUCACAGCCACAAGCACUGCA